AUGUUGGAUCCUGAGAUCGUGGAAGAGCCAGUGGCGUUCCUCGAGACGGCCUGGAACCUGGUCCUUGUCUUGGGCCAUACCAAUUGCGGCCCGGCGGACCUCAUCAUCGCUUGCUUUCUCUGGUUGGGGAGCGGCCUGAUGCAAAUCUCCUUCUUCUUCAUCCUUCUCUCGGAUGAUUUUCUUGGAGAGCCCUUUGGGAAUCAGGUGGAGGUUGCGAAAGCAUGGCGCGAGUCCAUCGCGCACGACUUCAAGCACAUGGACCUGGGCGACGAAAGCCUCGUUUCCCGAGUGUGCAGGGCCGAUCGCACGCUGAUUCUGUCGACUUCGCAGAUGCAGAUGCUGGACCAGAUCAAUGCCUUCCUCGGCCUGGGCAAGGAGGAGUUCGAAGCGCCCUACUUCCAACCCGGCGUUCUGCUCUGCAUGAUGUGCAUCCUGCUCUGGUGUUUGUACCUCCUCAACGAAUUCCGACUCGUGCUCUUUUCCUUGGAGGCCGUGUCCCAGGUCCCGCGUGGGCCCCGGACGCAGUGGAGAAGGCGUGGAGGCUUCCAAACGAUCUCCUACGGUCGAUUUGGUGUCUACUGCUUCAUGCGCUUGGCUCGCUUCUUCAUCGCCGUGGGCCUCCUCUAUGCUGGCGUGCAGUGGCUAGCCGGCACAAUCUCUAUCACUGAGCUCAUCUUGAAUGCCGUGGCCUUGUCCGCUGUCUUGCAGAUCGACGAGAUGGUUUUCGCGGCCCUGAUGCCGAAGAAGAUCCAGAUCUGCAUCCAGGACCUAGAGGCAAUCAAGGUCCGCUACAGUAAAGGGCGGAGUCAGACGGAGUCCGUCAUCCUCGUUGUGGCGAUUUCGCUUCUCAUGCUGUGGCCGUGGACACACAAUGUAGGGCCACUGAGCUGGGACAUGUUGGAGGUCAAGCGCCAGUACUGUGGGGGCACUCAGAACUUCGUGGUGGCCGGGAAUCAAAUCCAGGGGGUCACGGUGGGGCUGGUCACCUCAGAGUAUGCCCAGGGUGUCAACCAAACUUCCCUCACUCGCUUCGCUGUGAGGCGGCACAUUUGGGAGGAGCCUCUGGGCAGUUCGAACUACAUCCGAUUCACCAAGGAUCGAUCCAGCUUCGUGACUGCCAGAGACAUGGACAUGCAUCAGCGCAACACCCAUGACAGUCUUUGCAUGGACUUUGACGACAUCUUCCUGGGCAAUGCGACACAUGAGCUUCAGGAGUUCUACCGACCAUACUUCUACUCGGCCAGCUUCGAAGCAGGGAUUCCCGAAGGAGCGAGUUGCGCAGAGAUGGCGCACCUCUGCCACUCCCUGGAUUCCCAGGCGCGCCUGGUGAGGCACGUGUGUCCCCGCACGUGUGGAUGCCACUUGCAGCACACGAAUCCACUGCUGAAGCUUGUGGGCGAGGGCUGCUCAAAAGCCUGCUUCACUGAGCAAGAGUACGCGAUGCGCUUCUCAGCUUGCAAGGACGUGGACCUUGAGGAGUCACCCCAUCUUCGGGAGGCAUGGGAGGGGUUCUGGGACAGCUACAAGCCCUUGAUGGAGCAGAGGGUGGGGAUGAACUUCAGCAGUCCCAGCCUCAGCUUUGUCCCGGACUUCCUGACCUAUGUCAAGAAAGUCGGCUGUCCAGGCCUCAGCGUAGUGGCCAUCGACCCCGUCACGCGCAGCCCAUGGUGUUCAGGCAGCCAGCUGUAUUAUGGUCCCCUUGCAAACUGGUGCCCGCAGACUUGCGGCUGCCACACCUCGGAAACGCUGCCCACCUGGUGCCCCCGGAGUUGCGAGGGGUGCAAGGACACAGCGAACUUCCCCACCCACAUUCGUGUCAGUGACUGUGCACAAUCUCUUCAAGCGGGACUUUGUGAGGCCUAUCCACUUGAGUCAGCUGUGUACUGCGCAGAAACAUGCAACCUUUGCUCCGCCCUUCACAACAACGGGACCAUUGAUUAG